AUGUCCAGUUUCCACAUCAUUGAAGAUGAACAAGAACAAAGUAAUAGUAGUAGUAAACACAAUAAUUCAUCGCUUGUACAACAUCAAAUCGAAAGAAAGCGUAUAAGAACCGUUGGAAAUUUUAAUUCUAAUGGAUCUCCAGUCACUACUACAGCUACAGCUUCCAGUACAAAGUUCUCGGUGACAUCAACUGCCGAGGGAAAGUCAGUAGUAUCUUCCCUUUCCAUGUCGUUGGAACGUAAAGAUUCCAUACAAUUUAUGCCGAGAAAGAUUGCUCCAUGUAUAAUACCUGCUGGACAGAGUACAGUUAUACAUUUGGAUAAUUAUACCCACUUUAUGGCACAACGUGUUACAACCACAAAAACCGCAAUAAAAAGAAGUGAAAUUAUCAGCCAGGGCCAGAACCAAUUAAUUGUUCCAAGCUCAACAAAUACUGCAAGCUGUAGUAGUAGUAGUAGCAGAAGUGUUGGUGUUGUAGAUGUCGAUUUAAAACUUAUAUUAGGUGGUGUAACUUCAUCAUACCGUGGCAACAAUAAAACUUUAAAUAUGAAUAAACAAAAAAUGUUGGGUACAAAAGCCGGCUCCGCUAAAAUAAGAGGUCGCAAAAACUCUUUAGCUUUAGAAGGCAAGCAACCAAGAGAAAUGAUUGAUACAAAAGCAGCUAAAUCCGAUGCCCCAGCUGUACUAAAACCGGCAUUAAAGAAAACAAAUCGACGACGCAAAGUUAUUAAACCUCGACAACCAAGAAAAGCUAAACCCAAAGCCAAAAAUGAAAUUGAACACACAAAUACAAACGAAGAUACAACAAGUGCAGAUGAAGUGGAAAAACCGGAAAUCCCUCAGCCAGAGAAUGAUUCCAAAGUUCUGCGACCUUGUGUCUAUAUAUUGCAAAAUACAAAAUGUCUAUCCGAAAUGACAUGCCCCUAUUUACAUUCCGAUUUUCCUUGCAAAUACUAUUAUCUAAAUCUUCCUUGUCCACAAGGUUUCAAGUGUCAAUUUAUGCACAAUGGUCCCCUAGAGCCCAAGCUAAUGGAAGCAUUGCGAAUUCAUAUAUUAGAUUUGUUGUCGACUAAACCAACGGCUGUAGAAACGCAUUUUAUACAACAAUUGCAUAAUAUUGAAGAUCUAACGCAAAGGUUGCUAGCAUUUCAAGAAAACCAACAUCAGCAGACAUAUGAGAUUAUAGAAGUGAUGGACGAUGCGGAUGAAGAUCAAGUGCUUGUUAUCGAUGAAAGCAGUGAUGAUGUUAAUGCAAAUAAUUCCUCAGAACCAGCAACUAAUUCGUUAACGAUUACUUCCAAUGAUUCGGAUAACACUACGGCACAGCAACCAACAACUGAUAAAUACGAUACUGUAUAUGAAAAUUUCAAAGAAACUAAUAAUAUAAUUGAUGAAAUUGAUCAAAAACUUCAAAAUCUAAAAACCACCUCAAAUAUGACACCAAACGAAAAAAUUCACGAACUUCAAAAUAUAUAUGAACUUUUAAAAGAACAAGAAAAACGUUUGCCAAUUUAUGAAAAUCUUAAUACCGCAACUAGCGCACAAAUAUCAGAAAUCUAUAAUAAUAUUACGAAUAAUUCAAUAGCGAUGGCAUCACAAUCGAAUCUACCAAAUGAUCAAGCUCACAUCGUUUUAGUAAAUCCGGAGAUUGUUAAUGAAAUACAAACUUCACAAGAAAAUCCAGAGUUUGAUAAUGAAAUAAGAGUUUCUGCAAUGCAUGACAAUGAAGCGUUUGUUAGUGAAAUUCAAAAUUUAGAAUCUGAAGAAAACAUAAUAACUAUAACUGAUGACAAUGAAGUUUUACCAACGACAAAUUUAAAUGUACCACAACAAAGUGGUAUGGAAUUUAUAACCACCGAAAAGGUAUCACAACAAAGUGGUACUGAAUUUAUGACAGAAAAAAUAACACCACAACAUGAUAAAAGUGGUAAUAAUGACAUGACAAAUGUACCAAAUGAAAGUGAAAUAAUUGCCAUGUCAGAUGUACCAAAAGAAAUUGAAAUAAAUGAAAAUAAUAUGACAUCGAAUAUGGAGUAUGAAGAAGAGCCUCGAUCUACAAAUUUGAAUAAUACAAAUUUAAACGAUAAUAUUGAAAAACAAGAAGAACACAAAAAUAAUGAAAAUAAUUUCACGCUUAACCUUGAAACAAAUGAGAAUAAUAAUUCUGAACAAUUACCAUUUGAGAGUGAACAACUAGAAGUUGACUCUCAACAUAUUACACAAGAAAUCUUAGAUACAAAUAAUUCCUUUUGUUUGGAUGAAAACGAAAAACAGGAGGAAAAUAUAGAUUUUGAUAAUACUUUAAAACCACAUAAUGAAACCCUGGAGUUGGCCAUAACACCGGAUGAAAAAGAUGUUAUUGAAAGUCAUGUAAAAGAGCAACGAAAUAAUGAAGACUGCGAAGAUGAAUCACCACCUUAUGAACAUAUUGCCACAACUAAACCCUACAUAGAAACCAGUAAAACUCGUAUACGUUUGAGAUCUCAUACUCAACAAGAUAAUGAAGAAAAUUUAAUUAAUAACAACAGUGAAAAAUCAACUCAACAGUUAGAACUAACAAAACCUAUUAAAACUCGACGUCUUAGAUUACCCAAGCCGACUCCAAAAUCUAGCGAAAAAUCCAACAACGAAGAUUAUCAAAUUAAUGCGGAUAUUAUUAAUAAACUUAUAAAAUCCACCGAAAACUCUGGUAGUUCGGAAAAUCCCAUUAAGCCAACACAAUUUUUGCAAGACGUAGAAGUUCCCUUGACACAAAAUGUUAUAUUAACAAAACGUUUCAUGAAAAAGGCCAAAGCCAAGCUUGAACAACAAUCUCUAAUAAAUGAAACAUUAGUAACAAGUGCUCCUGACCACAACGAUAUAGAUAUCAAUGUGGAACAAACAAUGCAUUCUUUGCAUAGUGGAAUCGAAAACAUAGAUGUAACACUGCUAACACAGACAUCAGAGGAGAGUUAUACCUGGAAUCCCUCACAAGAUCCUUUAAUAGUUGAAAGUGAUGGUGAGAAUGUGUCAAAAAUUAGCAAUGAAAUUCCAACAUCUAGUGAUUGCACCGAUCACAUAAAAACGCCCAUAAGAAAACGAAGCAACAGUUUCAAAUCUCCCGCAAACCUUGACAAAACAGAAAUUGUCACAAAAUCCAAUUCAAAAAGACGUAUUUCUUUUGAAAAUCCCACCUCCUCGCUUACCACAUCCCCACCGUCCACCUAUAAAGAACAAUUCAAUUUAGGUAAUCCUCAUGUUGUGCUAACUAAACUCAAAUCUCCCUAUUUGCUGCCAACAACUCAAAAAGCUAUACAUGCGGAUAGCACCACUGCCAACACUAAUGUUAAUCCAAUUGUUACUUCUUCUACUUUAAUGGCAGAUGAUAAAUCAACACAGAAACGUCACAGUUUUACCUCCGAAUAUGAUUUGGAUUCAUCUUUAAAAGAAAAUAAAUGUUUAAAAAUUGACAAUUCCAAAUCGGGGCGCAAAGUUAAUUUCGAUAAUCGAAAGCAGCGAACGUCUUCAGGACAAAGUAAUAAUUCAAAGGAAGGGGAUUUCGAUACUGAUUCAAGUGAUGAACAGCUAACUAUAGUAGAUGCAUUGCAAACAUCAACGUCGUCAACUGGCAAUGAACGAAAACAAGCCUUUGAGCCUUUUUCAACCCACGUAGUAACACAUCAUUCUCAUCAGCAUGUGCAUACAGAACAACAGGAAAAUGAAUCCGAUUUACGUCAACAAAUUGAAAAUGUAAGCAAUAAAUCGGAUUUACAGCUACAAAUACAACAACAGCAGCAACAAAAAGAAGUUGAAAGUACUACAACAACAGGCACUAGUACCAUCACUACAAAUAGCAAUAAUUUGCCACAUAAACAAUACGAGCAAGAAAAAGCUGUGGCGCUGGUUGAAGAGCCAGAGAAGCAGUUACAGGAAAAACAAUAUGAAAGCAAUUUGAGUGAGCAAAAGCAAAUUGCAAUGCCUCGCAAUCCAUAUGGCAAUAAUGAAGACGGACAAACACAAUAUUCUGCGCCGUUUGUAUAUAUUGAUGAGCCUGAAAAGCCAACUUCAAAUGCUAGUGAUAAAUAUUCUAAUGCGGAGCUGAAAGAAAAUGUUGAAUAUGACACAUAUUCCUCAUUGUAUAAUAAAUUAUCGGCACAUUCAACUAAAUGUCAAAUAAAUUUUGAAAAUUCUUCCGUUAAUAUAACACCAAUUUCAUCACCUACGUAUGGCGAUGAUACUAUUGCCAGUCCAUCACCUGUCAGGAGAUCACUGGACUUUCGUAUGGGUGGUGAGAUCGAUGGCCGUUUAACAUAUCCACCCAUACCAUAUAUUUUAUAUGAAAUUGAUUUGGGAAAAAUUGACAUAAAUAAACCAUUUUUCAUUGAUAAACUUAAGAAAACUAUACAACUGGAUCCGAGAAUUUUUAGAACACAUGUUAAGAGACAAUUAAUGACGUUGUGUAAGCCAAUAGAGAAAACAUCGAAUGCCUUGAUGCCCUUAACAACAUUCCAUACGUCGAAUUUAUCAGCAUCUUUUGCACAACCUACAAGCACAACAAUGGUUUCACCUUAUGACCCAAGAUCUCGUACAUCUGCCGUAAUGACAGACAUAGCAACGCCCACAAUGGCCCAACAAACUGCACUAACUCCCUACAACAAUAUGAAUACCGUUGCAGUAGCGUCGCCUUCGUCGUCGUCAUCGCCAUUUAUGCAGACAGAAAUACCAAACGCCGUACCCUUGGCUCUACAAUACCACACCACAGCCCAACCAAUCUUACAGCCACAACAGCAACAAACACCGAAUAUGUUUCUGUAUGGUUGCCUACAGCGUUCGCCGUGGUAUCAGAGCCUGAUGUCUACCAUGAAAAUUCAAAUAAAUCAAUCAAUAUCACAACUGGUACGUGCCUUAAAUAACUUUCAUCGCGAACGUCUCUUAAAUCCUGAAAUGGUAUUCGACGUAUUUAAAAUUGAUUGUGCCGGUGAACUGUUGGAGAUUAUGCGUAAUUUGGGUAUAUUUGUGGAUGCAAAUGGCAUCAUCAACGAACAGCGACAUGUACCAUCAUUUGGUGGACGUUCCUGUUGUAAUGCGAUGCCAGUUAAUGCCACAUAUAGUUUCAUACAGCAGGUCCUUACGCCUAACACCAAUUGCACUUCGAUGACAACUGCAUCAUCGACCUAUAAUGCGGCACGCGGUGCGCCAGUUGGCUCUCUAAAUGCCAAUGAACCAUUUGUUAGUUGUUACAUUAAAGCACCCGAACCGCCAGUGCAAAGACAUUCGGAUGAUAGUGUAACAAAUCAUCAUCAUGCUACACAACACGAAGACAAUCAUAAUAAUUGCAAUAGAAAUUAUAAUAACAAUAACAAUGGUAAUGACAAUAACAAUAAUAAUAAUAACAACAAUAAUUACAAUCAGAAUAACAAUAAUAAUAAUAGACGCUAUGACAAUCAAUUUAAGAAACCCUAUGAUAAUAAUUAUAACAAUAACAAUAACAACAACAACAACAAUGGCAAUAACAAUUAUCAACAACGUUCAAAUUCACGUUCUUAUAAUAAUAAUCCCCGUUUUUCAAAACCCGGCUUAAGUUCACCUAGUCGUACCAACUCUUCACCACCCAAUUCUCCAAAAGGUGGUUUUGAAGGGGGUAAUAGUGGUAAUAGUUAUGGCGGCGGUGGAUUUGGUCGUGGCGGACGCUUCAAUAACAAUCGGCGUUUCAAUAAUUUCAGGAACAACAAUUCUGAUAAUAAUGGUGGCUCUUCUUGGUCUUCUACAUCGGACUCGAAUGACAAUCGUUACAAUAACAAAUUUAAAAAUAAUAGUUCACCUACUCGAGCUUCUUCCAAUUCAUCUUAUCAAUCGGGUUCACCUCGUGCAGAAGCACCAAAAUCUUCAUCACCACCAGCAACCUCUUCUAAAAAUAAUUCAAAGGAUGAAGAAUGUUGGGACUCGGAUAACUAA